AUGCCAUCAAAGUUUGAAUCCCAAAAUGAAAAAAAUGGAUUGGAAUGUAAUGAGAUGGAUCCGCUGCGUCUAACAACAUUGAUCCUGAGUGCAGAUCCGCGGUACCGCAUCAAGCCAAUGCAGCAAGUCGUAUCUGCACUUAUCGGUGGCCUAAUCACGACCUUAGUGGUUACGCCAUUGGAGGUGGUGAAAACGCGUGUGCAGACUCAGCACGCGAUCCGUCAGCCACCAACUGUCUCUAAGCUAUGCUACGUUUUCCACAACGGCCUAAUGACGCACGUUUGUCGCUCCAGCGACAUUUGUAUCCCAAAGCUCGGUCGGGACCCCCGAAAUCUUCAGCCCUUGCGCGGAGCCAUGGUAAGUCGGGGGUUUCUGCUUCUAAUUGAAAUCCCUUACAUUCACUUCGCUUAUAAAAAUGGAUAUUUAUAUACACUUUCACGAGCGCAGGACGCUUUUGUCAAAAUCAUUUGUAGCAGCGGUCUCACCGGCCUGUGGGCGGGCCUUAGUCCCACGUUAGUUUCAGCCCUGCCAUCAACGAUCAUUUAUUUCUUGACGUAUGAAUAUAUCAAGAAUUCCCUUUCCCACUUGUACUUGACUUCACGCAAGCUCGAAGAAUCUAUCGCAGAUGACCAUAUUCCGGGAGCUGAUGGUGGAGAUCCUCUAGACCAGGUCAAUUGGGGGCAGCACGUAAGCGCUACAGCACCGGUAUCCAAUGCAGCACUGCCCUAUUACGUGCCCAUGGUUUCGGGUAUCUGCUCGCGAACCAUUGUGGUGACUGCUAUCACUCCCAUCGAAAUGGUACGCAUCAAGAUGCAGUCCGAGUACAUGACCUAUUCGGAGCUGUGGCGAGUGCUGCGCUCGCUAAUACGCCAACAUGGUAUUCUGGGGCUUUGGCGGGGAUGGCCACCUACCGUUAUGCGGGACGCCCCAUUCUCCGGCACCUACUGGGCGGCCUACGAGGCGAUGAAGAGGGCCUUUGGCGUCACGGAGCCCACCUUUUUAUUUAGCUUUCUCACGGGCGCCGUUUCCGGAGCGGUGGCUACCUUUGUGACAAUGCCCUUUGACCUGAUCACAACCCACACGCAAAUUGAACUCGGUCAGGACGUGCUCUACGAGGAAGUGGCAGUGGGAACAGGGGCAGCCGCUGGUGCAGGAACACGGACACCGCCCAGUGUUAUCCCCAAGCCAUCGAUGAUCUCACGACUCCGAAACAUAUACCGGCAGCAAGGAGUGCGUGGUCUCUAUAUCGGCGUUAUGCCGCGCAUGCUACGUGUGGUACCCGCCUGCGCCAUUAUGAUCUCCACUUUCGAGUACAGCAAGUCGUUCUUUUUCCACUACAAUCUAGAUCUCCAGGAAGCGGCUUACCGGGGCUCCAAGUGAAACAAUUACCGCAAGUCGCGUGCUCCGGCAGCAAGAAAGAUUCAAGCAUUCUGUCAUGGCCAAGAGGGAGGCUUGCGCCCAC